AUGACCCGGAAACAGCAAUCUGUGCUCCUACCUCAGUCCAAGAAACCCAAAUCAGCUCCUGCCCCGAAGGUGGAGGACAAGUCGGCCUCUACCAGCCUGCCCAAGGGAGAAAAAGAACAGCAAGAAGCAAUUGAACACAUUGACGAAGUACAAAAUGAAACAGGCAGACUUAAUGAACAAGCCAGUGAGCAAAUUUUGAAAGCAGAACAAAACUAUAACAAAUUCCGCCAACCAUUUUUUCAGAAGAGGUCAGAAUUGAUCGCCAAAAUCCCAAAUUUUUGGGUAACAACAUUUGUCAACCAUCCACAAGUGUCUGCACUGCUUGGGGAGGAAGACGAAGAGGCUCUGCUUUACUUGACCAGAGUUGAAGUGACAGAAUUUGAAGACAUUAAAUCAGGUUACAGAAUAGAUUUUUACUUUGAUGAAAAUCCUUACUUUGAAAAUAAAGUUCUCUCCAAAGAAUUUCAUCUGAGUGAGAGUGGCGACCCAUCUUCAAAGUCCACUGAAAUCAAAUGGAAGUCUGGAAAGGAUUUGACAAAACGCUCAAGUCAAACUCAGAAUAAGGCCAGCAGAAAGAGGCAGCAUGGAGAGCUGGAGAGCUUCUUCACCUGGUUCACUGACCAUUCUGAUGCAGGUACAGAUGAAUUAGGAGAGGUCAUCAAAGAUGAUAUUUGCCCAAACCCCUUGCAGUACUAUUUGGUUCCUGAUAUGGAUGAUGAAGAAGGAGAGGCAGAAGAUGAUGAUGAUGAUGAUGAUGAUGAUGAUGAUGAUGAUGAAGAGGAAGGCUUGGAAGAUAUUGAUGAUGAAGGUGAAGAAGAUGAAGAUGAUGAUGAAUGGGAGGAAGGAGAGGAGGAUGAAGGGGAGGAUGACUAG